AUGAACGAGAUAGUAUUUGGAAACCCGGUCGACGAGAGAGCGGUGACUACAAUGAAACAAAAACAUCCGAACGCUGACGACAGUCCGUUCUUCGUCAUGCUCCACAGACCAGAUUCGAUCAUUGCGGAGCACGUGUCGCAUCUCGCUGGAAAGAGGGAUAUUAUCGCCCAUGCGGUCACCCACAACGCCGACCAAAUUAUCCCGCCGACAUACACGGACAUCUCCGAAUUUCGCGACCUGACACCGUUCACGUAUCACUACGCGCGCAGUGAGUUCUUUUUUUCCUUAUCAACUUCAGUUUCAUAUCAUUUUUAGAGCGUCGUGUUGCUGGCGGGGGAAUCGAGCCGUAUUUUAUCAAGUACUCGCCGACUCCGUUCAGAUACCAGGGUGUUCUGCCGGCGCGCAUCAUGAAGAGUGAGAAAUACAAGAAGAUGUAAGAAAUUACUAUUAGCUAUCCCUUCUUUAAAUCUGAUUUUCAGGCGUGAUCUUGGCGCCAGAGCGCUUCGCGACUACAACGACUGCAUGUGCGAUCAGCCACCCAAAAUGAGUUACUUUCACCAUCCGAAGCCGGACCCGCCACUCAUCGGCGACAUGGCCUCUGCUCUGGUGACGUUCGCCAUUGAUAUGUACAAUGAGAGCGAGGAGCAGAAAUGGAGCAACUCGCAGGAAUUGAAAGUGUGGUCCGAGAGACUCUUCAAGGAGAGAGUCGAGCACUACUGCGACGUAUUAAUUUUCAUUAUUUAGCGAGUUUUUAAGACAAAUCUUUACAGCUGUACCACAACACCUACAACGACUACUUCUUGCAUCGCGCCAUCUUCUGGAGACGCAUCAAGUUCGAGGAUCUGAGCCGCUUUCACCAGUGCCUCGUCGGCGCCUGCUACCGUAACUGGUUCUCCGUCGAUCUGCUCGAGAAGACGCUCCGUGACGCCUACGCGGCAAAGCUAGUUUAA